UUUUUUUUUUUUUUUAAUGUUGUCAUUUUUUUUUUAUUUUUUUUUAUUUUAUUGUCAUUAUUUUUUUUGCAUACAUGAUACCUACACCAGACUUGUCGCAUAUAAAGAAAAAUGACUUUGAUAAAGUAUAUGAGCCGGCAGAGGACACAUUCUUGUUACUAGAUGCAUUAGAAGAAGAUGACAGAUUGAUCAAAUCACUUAAGCCUUGUAUUUGUCUUGAAAUCGGAUCUGGAUCUGGAUGCGUCAUAACCUUGUUAUCCAAGAUUGUAGGAGAGCAUAAUGCCUUAUUUUUAACUACGGACAUCAACGAUUUUGCUUGUAAAAUAACUAAAGAAACUGGAUUAAAAAAUAAUGUAAAUAUUGAAUCUAUUCGAACUUCACUUGUUAAUGGACUUUUGCCUCGUUUAAAGAAUUCGAUUGACAUACUUUGUUUCAAUCCUCCUUAUGUCGUCACGACACAUGAAGAAGUUGGAAGUACAGGGAUUGAAGCAUCUUGGGCUGGUGGUAUCGAUGGUAGAGAAGUCAUUGAUCAAUUACUACCUUAUAUUAAAGAUCUUUUAUCUCCAAAAGGCAUAUUUUACUUGUUAUUAAUUAAUGAAAAUAAGCCUGAACAAGUUAUAAAUAUCAUGAAAAAUACAUAUAACAUGAAAGCAGAAAUUAGGAUGCAACGUCGCGCUGGAAGAGAGAGACAAUUUAUUAUAAAAAUACAGCAUUAAU